CAAAAACAUGGCGGUUCCUGGAAUCAAUGUUAGUGUUGAGGCGGUUCUUGAAAAUCAAGUUCAAGAAGUUACGCUUGAUGGACAGGAAAAAUAUGUCCAACCACUGUCUAUGUCAGAGAACCUUUCAAAACUUGCACACAAAAUUGACUUUUACAAGGACGAAAGUGAAGGAAAGGGAAAGCCUACAUCAGAAGGAGAGAAAGCAGAAGAAGAUGAUAAGACAUUAGCAACAUUUCAGCCUUCACUUUGGCCUUGGGAUUCUGUAAGAAAUAAGUUGAAAGCUGCCCUGACAGAACUCAAAGUGCUGCUGGACGUGUUAAACAUCACCAAAGACAAGCGGUAUAUGGUUGCUGAUCCCGUAACUCAAGAAGCAACCUCUUCUAGUCCAGCUCAGCUCUUUUCAAAGAAAAAGGCUAUGUCUGGUGCUGCUGGGGUUUUAACAAAUGGAGCAGAUCGUCUGAAAAAAGGACAGGUGGAUGUAGCUAACCGUGGACAAAAUGACUUCCAUUUUGAGCUGCUGAAGCUUAGACAGAAUUGGCGAUUAAAGAAAACAGGAAAAACAAUUCUUGGUGACCUUAGUUAUAGAUCAGCGGGAUCUCGGUUCUGGCAAGGAGGGACGUUUGAGGUGGUCAAGAGCACAGACCCGGGCGAGUCUGACUCGGGAGUUCAGAAGAGCAGUUUGGAAGUGGUUAUUCCCAGUGAGCUGGAAGGAGUGGCCUACAUACAGGUGGAAGUGAAGACUGUCCCAGAAAUGAUGGACUUGACGUCCGCUACCUUAAAAAUGCCAGCUGGCCUGGGAUCAGUCCGGUCAGAUGCAUACUGGCAGCAGAAACUAGAAGUAGCACAGAAUGUACUGUUCUGUAAAGAGCUGUUUGCACAGUUGGCUAGAGAAGCUGUGCAGGUCAAGUCAUCAACCCCACACAUGGUAGUUGGCAACCAGAUCAUAACAAACGUAUUUCCAGGAAUACAGCUAUCAGUAGUUCUCUGCCACUACACUGGAAAAGAAAAGAAGGUUCCAUUACAGCCACAAAAACUGGAACACAACCAUGUUCUGGAGCACUCCCUGCACCAGCUGUUGCGAGAGGUGCACUACCGAAACACGAACCUAGCACCACCUCACCCAGUCAACGCUAUGCUGGGUAUGAGCAGGAAGAGGAGACUGGCAGGGCCAGAAGGCAUGUCCCGGACAGAGCUAGCCGAGAUGGCAAAUGGCGAGGCUCUGCUGGAGCAGAUUAUCAAGCAGACUAAACAUGCUGUGUUGAGAUUAAGGACGAUGCACGUGAUUGACCAGCUGGCGGUGUCGGUGCAGGAUCCCCAAAUUACUGCUCACUGGACAUGUCUGAACAGCAGUCUCGAGUCAAAUGUCAGAAUACACAUCACAUCUUGUGGAUACGAAAAUGUCAGAACCUCUUUGGAUCUUCUGAUUGGAGUGGACAUGAUACAAGCAAUUCUUAAAGAUGGGAAGACCUGCUCUCUGUCAUUUGAAGAUAAAGAACUGCAGGAUCUUAUUUUAUGGCAGAUCUCUCAGUAUCAUGUCACAGUGGUGCAGCAGCUGGUCAAGUAUCAGAGCUGGCAGAUUCUGUCCAUGAGUUUAAAUAUGGGAACUGGUGACAUGGAGACAUUUGGCACUGCAUCCUCUAUCAUGUUGGCAUCACCACGGGGAGACGUAGUUCUUGCUCUGAAAAGUGGACCUUCGAGUGAUCUGACUCUGAAUAUAAAACAAAAGGAAAUAUCCACAGAAUCAAACAUGCCAUCCAUAAUCACCGAUCCCAAAUGGUUAAAUCUUGGUGGGCCAUUCAGACAAAUCAACUUGGAUCGUCUGGAAGGCAGGAAUUUCGCUAGUAAAAUGGACAUGCUCAUGGCACAAUUGACAAAUAUAUCCAAGGAUCACAAUCUUAUUAUGGACAUUUCAGAUGUGGACAAUCAUAUAUAGUUUGACCGAUUGGGUGUAAUAUUUACAGUAUAAAAAUGUACAAAUAUUUGGUUUUCAAGAGCUUAAUCAGAUGAGCACAGGUUUAUGUGGGUGUUGCUUGAUAACAAAAAAACGUCCCUACCAAAAUGUCUGUGACUUAUAAGAGAAAAUUGUCAUGACAAAGAACUGAACAUGAAUUAACAUUUUGCAGCUAUAGUUGCUUCAUUUGGAUAACUAUAGUAGUACAGUAUCGGAUCAAGCUGGUGUACCAAGAAGAAUCUACCAGCAAUUCCAGUUACAAUAAAGAAUUAAAUGUGCUGUGGUGGGGCAUCAUUAAACAUUCAUUCAAUACAUUUCCUUGUUUGUUUCUGGGGUUUUUUUUAAGAUGCAUACCUCCAAUGUGGGUGUUUUUUUCACAUUCACAAAGUAAAGACCGUCUACUUCUUGUUAGGACCUAUUUUAUUGGAUCUAUUAGCUUUACUGGUACCAGUAUAUCAAAAUAUCUGGGGGAAUUACACGUUUUGUUUUUAUUUCUUCAACCAAUAAUAGUCCUGAGUUGAAUAACUUGCAAACAUUUAUGCAUAUUUGAUGGUAUUCUUUUUUUUUUUAGUUUAUUAAAACCAAAUAAGAUAUUGCAGUGUUCUUGCAUCCAGUUCUUUGUACUCGUAUCAUGUAAGAUAAUUGAAAUAGAAUUUAAAUAUUUUCUUGUGUAUCAACAUAGUCAUUUGCUACACACUCUCUCUCUCUCGUAUUAGUCCCCUACCAGUCCAACAGGAGAGAACUAUAGGUUUCAUCUCUGUCCUGUAUGUUAGUCCAUCCCACAUAUGGUUUUCUGGAUUUUGUUUUAGAUUUUUUUACAUGCCUCAAGAUGUUGGAACUGAAAUUUUGUAUACAGCAAUUGGGCAUGAUCGUAAAUGCAUAUGAAUUACCAGCAUUAAGUGAGUUUCCAACUAGGCCAUUCAACUUCAUUGACUUUUCAUAAUAUGUGCAUUGCAAGGAUCACUGGAUUGCAGGAGGGGUGAUAGUUUAUACAUUGUUGAACUAUGGCUAUGGUGUAGUACAUGUUUUAUUUUCUGUAAAAUGUUCAACAUACACUCCUACAAGUCACUUGACGUGUUAUGGUUGGCCUGAUGAUGAGAUAUAUAUUAUAUAUAUAUAUAAAAGUUAUUAGAAUGAAGUGUAUCAGAUGAAUAUAUAAACAGAUAGAAUUUCACAACGUUUUAAUGGAAUAAGCACCUUUCACCUGUAACUGGUUCAUCAGUUCCAUAUACAUGACAGUGAAAGGCGGUUAUUCCAUUAAAACGUGAAAUUCUAUCUUUUUUAUAUAUAUAUAUAUAUAUAAUUAUAUAUUUGCAGAUGGUUUUAAUAAAAUUUUCUCUGUCA